AUGAAAAUGGAAAACCAAUCAUUAGAAUUCAGUUAUCACUUAACACUGGACCCAUUUGUCAUUCCACCUGGAGGAAAGUAUCCAAUAUUUGUUUUUGGUAUUGUCAUUUAUUUGUUUGGAAUGUUCUGCAACCUGACCCUGUUGUUUUUAAUUAUUCUAAAGAAGAACCUUCACAAACCCAUGUACUUUAUCUUGUUCAGUCUUCCCUUCACCGAUCUAAUUGGAAUAACCACAACGCUCCCAAAGAUCUUGUCAGAUAUUGUUACAGAGACACAUAACAUCUAUUAUCCAUUUUGUGUUUUACAGGCAUUUCUGCUCCACAUGUAUGGUGGAGGAAUUUUGUUUAUUCUUGCAGCAAUGUCUUUUGAUCGUUACGUUGCCAUCUGCAUGCCGUUACGCUACAGUUCCAUAAUGACCCCAAGACUGGUUGUUUACAUUAUUUGUCUGGUUUGGGGUCUUGACUUUAUCUUGAUUGUAACAUUUUUUUCAUUGCAGACAAGGGUUUCCAGGUGCAGAUCUGUCAUCAUGAAUGUCUUCUGUGAUAACCCUUCUCUGCUGAAGCUCACAUGUGGAGACACAACACUUAAUAAUAUAAUUGGACUGUUUAACACGGCGGUCAUACAGGCUUUAAGUGUGUCCAUUCAGGCAUAUUCUUACUUUAGGAUUCUGAUUGCAUGUGUGGGUAAGAGAAAAUUUAAUGCAAGAGCAAAAGCUGUAAACACCUGUGUUGCACAGUUAGUCAUUCUGGUUAUAUUUGAGAUUGUUGCAACUUUCACAGUUUUAUCUCAUAGGUUCAAAAACGUUUCAGCUGAUUUGCAAAAGAUUAUGGGUAUGCUGAUAUUUAUUGUACCUCCACUUCUAAAUCCAAUUGUAUAUGGCAUUUAUACAAGUGAAAUACAAAAGACUUUUCUAAAUAUCCUUAAAAAUAGAGUAUGUGUCUGA